AUGAAGAAUCAGAGAGAAAGGAGGAUUUCCGUCAGACGACCGACUGUACCGGUGGAUCGGAGGUGGUCCUGUUCUUCCUCCCACCACGAUUCCCAGCUUUUGUUCGCCGGAACACCGAUUCCACCGUUGUUUCUGAUCCACGCUGACCAGUCGUCCCAGUCUUCAACGAUUUUCUGCCCUUCUUCAAUCUUGAGUACAUGGUGUGUGCUUAUUUUUUCUGCUCAAAUCCCAACUUCCACUUCAGAUUUACAAUGGUCAAAUAGUGGAUCAAUGGGAGCCAGUCACACCGACUCUGUCAAAACAUCACUACAGGUCUAUUUAGAAAUCCAAACAAGAAAAUUCCUUGUUGACUACGAACGUAUUCCAGCAACAAAUGAAAAAUCACCCAAGGAACAUGAUUUUGAUACGUUGGUUGAUAGAAUUUCAAGAGCUGAUCUUAAGACAUAA